UCGGAAGCCGUAGAUGGAAUGAAAGAUGCCCCUCCGGAGUUCUCAUUGGAAUUGCCUACUCAAAGUCAAGAUUCCAUAACUUUGAUCUGAGCUUCUUAGAUCGAAGCAGGUGUGUAUGCCUGUUCUCUUCCUCCUACGAUCUCCCAGUAGUCCCGUCUGAAGAAAGACCUAGUCUUUACGAUUUCUUGAGCUUCUCAUUCAUGGCUGGCGGCGAUAAUCACUCGGGGCCUCCAUCCGCUAGAUGGCCCAGUGUUAUCCGCUACGAAGUCUUUCUCAGUUUCAGAGGAGAAGACGUUCGGAGGAGCUUUAUUCAAUUUCUCUACGAAAGCCUCACUGCUUCAGGGAUCUAUACAUUUAUCGAUUAUGAUGGAAUUGAGAUCGGAGAAGAGAUCAUGCCCAAGAUUUUCGAAGUUAUCAGGCACUCGGAGAUAUGCAUUCCCAUCUUCUCCAAAGAUUUCGCUUCCAGUAAGAGUUGUCUGAAGGAGGUAGAGAAAAUGGUGGAGUGUCGCCGGACAAUCAUGCCUAUUUUCUACGACGUCAGCCCUUCAGUCGUCGGCAAACAGCAGGAGAGUUAUCAGCAGUCCUUCUGCAACCUUGCGGCUGCUGGGGUGACGUCAGCGACUAGAAACAAUUGGAAGGAGGCUCUCCAGAGUGUUUCAAGAAUUCGCGGAUGGGAAUUGGAGAAAUUUAAAUAUGGGGAGCAUGAACUUAUAAACGAGGUCGUUUCCACAGUCCGCCGGUUGUUGAGAAAGGAUGACUUAGAUGUGACAGCACAUUUAGUGGGGAUGGAUCACCAUGUGCAAGAGAUGAUGAAAAAAAUUGGUGUUCACUAUGAAGAUGGACAAGUGGUUGAAGGGCAAAUGCUAUCGGGAAAACAUGUGGUUGAGAUAUCGGGUCUUCCAGGAGUCGGUAAGUCAACUCUUGCGGUAAUUAUCUACAACAAAAUCCGUCAUCUCUUUGACGGUUGGAGCUUCCUUAAAGAUAUCCAUGAAAUGUUUAAGGAAAGGACACUUUUAUCUCUGCAAGAAGAUUUGAUUGGUGAUCUGCAAAAGAAAAGAUGUACGCUCAGAUCUUCUGCUGAAGGUACCACCCUUAUCAAAUACAAAUUUGGAAAUAUGAGGGUUCUCAUUAUCUUAGACGAUGUAAGUAAUUCUGAACAAAUCAAAGCCCUAGAUCCAAGGUGGUUCGGUCUAGGCAGCAGGAUCAUUGUAAUCUCUAUGGAGAGCAACCUUGUCGACAUCCUUGCUAAUGAUUGUGAUGAUAUCCUCAUUGAAAAAUACGAGGUAAAUCAAAUGAAUGAUGACCAUGCCUUUCAACUGUUCUGUAAGCACGCUCUUAGAGGAAAACCUCCUCAAGGGGAAUUAUGCUCUUUGGCAAGGGACAUUAGUUUGGCUGCUGGAGGGCUUCCUUUUGUUGUUGAGGUUGUUGGUUCAUUUUUAUAUGGAAAGUCCAUAAAGUUUUGGAAGGAGGCAUUGGAUAGAAUGGACCGAGAGCCUUUCAAUAAGGAAGUCAAACGAAUUCUGAAGAGAAGAUAUGAAGAUUUAGAGGAAAAUGCUCAAAAGAUAUUUCUUGAUAUAGCCUGUUUUUUUAUGGGAAAGGACAAGACAAUACCCUCUUACAUGUGGGAAGCUUGUAAAUAUGAUCCUUGUAAAGGAAUUGAGGAUCUCAAUUGCAAAUCUUUGGUAAGAAUCAGAGAAAAUGAUGAACUGUGGAUGCAUAAUCAACUAAAAGUCCUCGGGAGGCAGAUUGUCAAGGAGGAGCAUCCAAGUAAACCCUUCAAGCGUAGCAGGCUAUGGAAUCAGGAGGAUAUUGAGCCAGUAUUGAAUGAAAGGAAGGACGUUGCAGUUGAAGCCCUUAGUGCCACAUUCGACAAACCCUGUUCAUUUCCUAAACGUAGAUUUUUUAAUAAUUUCUCGAAGCUUAGGUAUCUUAAAAUGAACCAUGCUAUUAUUAAAGGAUAUAAGCAGAAUGCAAAGAGCUCCAGAGAGGAUUCUUUCCUUCGAGGGUUAAAGUGCCUUGAAUGGCGAGGAUGCCACAAUAUCUCCAGUCUACUCGCUUUACAUCUGUCAAACUUGGUCGUUCUUGAUCUCUCUUGGAGUACCUCCAGAAGUUGGCGGUGUUGGAGACAAAUUAUGAAGAGGGCCAAAAAAUUGAAAGUUUUGAUCUUAAAAGGUUGUCAUUGGCUUGCUAAAUCUCCAGUUUCCUGUGCUCCCAUAAAUUUAGAGAGACUGGACCUGGAAGGUUGUUCUUCAUUACCGGGUAUUGGCAGAUACAUUAGCAAGCUAAGGAACUUAGUUUCUUUGAAUAUCAAGUUCUGCAGCUUUGUGCGAGAGUUGCCAGAAGAUAUGGGUUCCUUGGAAGCUUUGAAAGAACUUUACAUCGAUGGAACUUCAAUUGAAGCUAUUGAUUUCCCAGAAGGUUCGUAUGGGAAGCUUGAAGUUUUGAGUGCCUGCAACUGUGAAUGCUUUUCUCUGUCGGAUUCAAUCAGUAAUUUGAAAUCUCUUUUGUACCUAGCUUUGGACGAUACUAAAGUCAGUGAGCUCCCUUAUUCCAUUGGCUUGCUGGAGAAUCUACAGACACUAUCCCUGAAAAACUGCAGGAGCCUAUGGAAACUGCCAUAUUCCGUUGGAAGCCUCGAGGAGCUGCAAGUCAUGGAUCUUUCAGACACGGUAGUUGACGAACUACCUUCAUCCGUCAAGUAUUUGAGAAACUUGAAAGUACUAAAGAUGCCUCGCACUUUUAUAAGAGAAUUUCCUGGAGGCAUUAAGAAUCUGGAGAGGUUAGAAGAGAUAGAUUUCUCGGGGUGCAGAUGUUUGAAAGGGAAAUGCAACAUUACGGGAUUAUGGUCUUUGCGGGUCUUGCUUCUGGAAUAUACUGAUAUUUCUCGGCUGAUUGUGACGUACCGUCAAUAUUGUAGUCUCCAAAACGUCAGACUUGAUGGCAGUGUUCGCAUCUCAAAAGCUGGAACUACUGAAGGAGCGCCACAUCAGUCCAACAAAUGUGAGACUACGACAUGGCUUCCGGGUGGUGAUGAUUCAGAGACUGUAGAAAGAUGGCGGUCAGACAGAAGCAAGAAAGUGAUCGGUGGAUGAAGUUUGGCUAAAGAGGAAGUUAGCGUUCAUAUCUCUUUAAUUCAAAUUCGCAAGUGAUCAGGCGUGUCAAACUUAUCCUCCUGCAACAAGGACUAUUAAGGGCAUAACCGGGUUCCAAUUUUCGCUUCCAUUCUGAAAUGUCUGAUCUAAAUUCUUCUUCUUUUUUCUUGGCCAUCACACUCAGACUUUAUAUUGUCUUGUUUGUGUGUCAGCUUCCUGCAAUUUUGCACAUCUGUGUUCGUUUCGAUUUGACUCAGUGAAAGUCUACACAUUUCAUUUGAUUGAUCUGCAAGACAACUUCAAGGUAGUAAGAAUGAGCUUUGGUUCCUUUCUCGA